GCAAAACCUGUAGGUUAGAGGUCUGUGUACAGACCAGUAUCGCUGUUUCAAAACUGACACCAGCGGGCCGCAGAGAAAUUAGGGGAAGCCAUAGGUCGCUGAAACAAACAUGGGGAACGCAGAGAGCGGCUGCGGAGGAGGCAGCGGUGACGAGGAAGAUGUCGAAACGGAGAGCCCCGGCUUCGCGGAAGACAGUCCGGCCUCUGCGGCCACUGGCGUCGUUGUCGGAGGCGGCGGAGCCUCCGGCUCGGGAAGAAGCGGAAGGGGAUCAAAUAACCUCCCGGUGCCCACCGGUGGACCACCCAACCCCGGGGUCCUGUUAGAGCAAGUCAAACUGAGGGAGGCAGCGGCUCGUAUUAGCGACUCGGGGGUCGCCAUUCCCGAGUCUGUCCUGGCCGGGAAUGAGGGUGUGCUGGUUCGGUGGCUGGAGGACCGGUUAAGCCGAGGAGAGGAGUCUGUCAAUGUGGAACAGUUUUGUGAGAUGUUGGAGAGCAGAGAUGCUCCGAGAGAUGAGUGUGAAGAGGCCUUUGGCCAGUUCGAUGCAGAGGGGGAUGGGGUAGUGGAUGUGGAGACCAUGCUGAUGGCUCUGAAGAACUCCAAUGGAGCGAAUCUACAGGGAGAGCUGAGUCAUGUGAUAAGACAACUCCAAGCAUGCUCCCUGACUCCAGGCUUUGUUGACAUAUUCUCCAAGUCCAAGGACCGGCUGGGGGCACAUGCCUCCAAGAUCCUGAAAUUCCUGCACCGGAACCGUAUUCCCAGUAGUGCCAUCCCUUUCCCUCUUUUAGAGGGCUACAACAGUAUCUGCACCAUGAGGUCCACUGUGGUACAAGACUUUUUGGAAUUCCUCUUGCAGAAGGAGAAAGAUUUAGAUAUCCAGUACAGAGCAGAGCUGAAUCGUGAUCCAGAGGUUGACAAGGUCAAGGUGGUCACUCAGUGUUACAGCGCUAUAGAAGCCUCAUCCAACGUCAGCGACAUUUACAAGAUGACUAAUGGGGAAACUGCAUCUUUUUGGCAAUCAGAUGGCAGUGCACGAUCGCACUGGAUAAGGUUAAAAAUGAAACCAGAUGUGGUGUUGAGGCGACUGGCCAUUGCCGUGGCCUCCAACGAUCACAGUUACAUGCCUCAGCUGGUUUCAGUUGCUGUGGGGAAAAACCGGCGCUCCCUGCAGGAGAUCCGAGACAUCCGUAUCCCCAGCAAUGUCACAGGCUAUGUUGCCCUUUUGGAGAAUGCCAACAUCACACACCCCUACAUCCAAAUCAACAUCAAGCGGUGCCUGAGUGACGGAUGUGACACGCGGAUACAUGGCCUGAAGACUUUGGGCUAUCAGAUCACCAAGAGUAAAGAAGUUUCUGUUUCGGACGCCUCAGCCAUCUGGUACCUGUCUCUCCUCACCUCCCUGGUCACCGCCUCCAUGGAGACCAAUCCCGUGCUGGCUCAGACUGUCCUUCAGAGCACACAAAAAGCCUUACGGCACAUGCCACCGCUGUCCCUCACACCGUCAUCCACCGAGUUCCCCAAGUUCUUCUCGAUGAACAUUCUGGAGGAGGUGGAUGGAUUUCUCCUCAGGAUAGCAGACUGCUGUGUGAGCCCUGAUGCUGAGUUGACUCUGCUGGCCUUUGCUCUGGCCCGAGGUAGCGUGGCCAAAGUCCUUCAAGCCCUGUCCUGCAUCAGUGAUCACCUAGAGACCAAAUACAGAGCCUCCUCUCUCAUCUCCUCCAUGGCCUCUGUCAGGCUGCGGCUGCUCUAUCGCAAUGGGAAACCCCUCCAGCUGCACCUUCAAGCCUGUGAUGUGAAGAGUAAAGAAGAGAAGUCAGGACCAGAGAACAUGCUGACUGAGUCCACCACUGGAGACGGUUUUCUCACAGAAAGCGGCAGAAAGAAAGCCAGUGUGAUUCUGUCUACAGAGGACCAGAGCAACUUCCAAGUCACUCAGAUGAAGAUCAAAGUGCGAAAAGGAGCCAUCGGAGUAAAAUGUGGCCUGGUAUUCGCAUACAAGGAGGGAGACCCUUUUGAUGCAGAGAAACACUUCAAGAGGUUCAAGAAGUAUGACUCGUGGGACUUCAAGGACUACAAAGAGUUUGUACAAGACAAUGUGAGGAUUCCAGCACAGUCCGAGGAUGAGCCCAUUGGCUGGUUUGAGCUUGAAGAUGACUGGAACGAUGUGGAGAUCAAGCUGCAGCAGUGUCGUGUUGCAAAGUUCCUGAUGGUGAAGUUCCUGUGUGCCAGGCAAGACUCUGCCGAGCGCCUCGGGGUGCAGUCCCUCAGCUUUAGCGGUUACCUGUGCCCCGGGGCAGAGAAGCUGGGAGACCUGGAUGACCUCAGUCCAGAGGGAGACAGCUCCGAGGGCGAUGCUGUCACUGGCCUUAGUCUGCUCAACAAGACCCUAUUCUUCAUCCAGCAGCUCACACGAGACAUGGAUGCGUCCCAGUUCAAACAGAAGUUUCUGCUGGACUUCAGUGGCCUGAGCGUCACCCUCUUCUGGAACUUCUACAGUAAACUCAGGGAGAUUGAGGGGGAGGAGGUGAUGAAGAGCAGAGUUCUGCUGCUCCAGUUGCUGCAGAACUGUUUCCCCAUGCUGCCAAACCCACUGGAGCCCCGCAGCUCAGAGGAGAGCAGAGGCACAGACGAGGGUGCCACAGCAGCAGCUUUUCCAUCCACAUCCAGCAGUGCAGAGCCUCAGCCUGAUCCUACUAAGGCUGUCUGGGAGCUCUACACUCACCUCUGCCAUAUUGUGGAUGGUCCAGAGGCUGAGGCAGUAGUGGAGAAAGCUUUGCGCAAUGAGGCAGUCAAGGCCAUUCUCAGUGGAGCAGCUGUCUUCUUCCCUGAUAAACACAGCAGAAGGGAAAAACUCUUCCACAUGAUGAAAAAUAUAACAGAAGAGGAUCAGCCUGAGUCAGUGAAGGUGACCUUUGAAUCGCUUUGUAAUUACUUCAGUGACCAGGAUCCGAGUGGCCUUCUCCUGCUCCCACCCAAAGGAGCUCCCGCAGACUUUGACAUCAGCCCUAUACUGACUGUCAUGGAAACUCUGCAACUGGUGGCAACAAGAGAGUGUGAAGUCAUGAUGGUGGAUGAGAGUGGUGGAGCCAGCAGGACGGUGUUGUUGUCUCUGUUUUGGGCUCUGCAAGGCAGCCUGCUCUCAUGGUGCUACCUGCAGCUCAAGGGAGGAUCCUCCAACGCCACUGCUAUGGAGCUGGCAAGGGACAUCCUAGUAAAAUAUGUGGAUCAGUUCCUGGGCAGUACAAAGAACAUACUCAGUUCCCUGCUGGAGAGGUACAGCGGUGCUGAAAUUACCGACAAACUGAGCAGCUCCAUCCUGGCCACGGUCACCAGACAACUGAUGAUUUUCCUCCUGGAGCUGUGUUUCUUGGACAUCCCUCACAGUAUGUUGUUGAAGAGCUUCUCCUCACUGGUGGAGCUGCUCAAAAACCUGUCCAGUGAUACUGGAGACAUCUUUUCUAAGGUGGACCAGGAGAGCUGUCAGCAGCCCCAGCAGCCAGUGGUGCUUAGGACAUGGAACAUGGAGUCUCCUCACAACUAUGAGAACAGCCGCCAUGAAACCACCAUCUUUGCCUGCCCUGGUGCCACCUCCUUCGAGGUGGAGUUUGACGAACGCUGUGAGACAGAGAAGAGGUACGACUACCUAGAAUUUACUGAUGCCAGAGGUGGGAAGGUCCGAUAUGACAUGAAGGUUGGAACAGACAAGUGGCCAAAGAAAGUGACAUUUGAUGCAGGUCCUCAACUCCAGUUCCUCUUCCACUCUGAUAGCAGUAAUAACGAGUGGGGUUAUAAGUUCACUGUGACAGCCCUCGGUCUGCCAGACAUCACCGUCUCCUGGAUGUCUGACCUACAGCUGCUGGUGGCUCGACUGAUGGGACGUCUGGCUUCCCGCACAAUGGCCCUCAAAUCUCUUUAUGAGAUCCGCAAUGUAAAAGAGCUCCCACCAGGGAAAAUGUCUCACGUUCAGUCUUCCCCUCUAUGGAAACCCAUCCUCAGACACGGGGUGUGUGAAACGAGAGAUGUGGCUUGGUCUAACAGCCACACAGACCAGCAGAUAAAGACAUGUAUUCCUGAUGAGUUUAUGAGUUUCCUGGAGGACUUUGCCCGCUGGAAUCCGUCUCAGGAGCCAACAGACAGCAGAACAGAGCUGAUGAGGACCCUCAUGCAGUCAUGUAGAAAACAGCCGAUAAGGAAUGAGAUAGCUGCUGGGUCAAAGGUCGACCAGGCUGUGAAUGCCAUCUGGGCAGCCAUGGUGUACCACACACCAACCCUGAACAAUGCUCUAAGAAUCAGUGUUAAUCAGGGCUGCAAGUCAAGUCUGAGUGAAGAUUUUGUGCAGGUGUACUCACUGGCAGAUAGCAUCAGAACAUGGAUGUUGGAGAUGAAACAGAGAUACCUGGUGGGCAAAAUGAAUGUUCCGGAUGAGAAGGAAGGGGGCCCUGAUGAGGUUACUAUGGAGACGCUGGCUGAGGUAUGCAUUGAGAAGAGCCUUUUGCUGUUCAGAUUUGCCCCUAGCGGGGCAGCAUGCCAGGAUAGUGAUGCCUCCAGGCCUCUAGAGGGCAGUGGUGCCCCACUUCUCCGCUCUGACUCAAUCUCAGAAGGAGACUUCCAGGCCAGCCCCUCGCUCGGAUCCCAAACACAGGUCACAAGGCCCGAGGUGUACAGUGAGACUGGGGUUACACUUACAGGACAGAUCCAACUUUCCACCGCUCAGGCCCACAACUCAUCUACCUCUGGGCCCAACAGCCAAGGCCACAAGGGCUCCACAGAGAGCCUCUCCUCCCAGACAGGGGACCCAAUAUCACCCUCCACCUUCCCCCGCAAAGCCCCUUUCAGUCGCGGACGCCUUCGCCUUCUCUCUUACCGCUCUGUAGAAGAGCCCCGCAUGGCCCCAUCUGUCAAAGAGCGCUACCCCAUACUCAAACACAUCCUCAACUUCAUGCGGGACCAGGCUCUCACUACAGCUAGCAUUUUGCAGACCUUGUCAUUGAACAAAGCUCAGGCUCUGAGUGUUUGCAAGGUCCUGGAUAUGGUUCAGCAGUGUUUACGUUCCCUGGGAACGCCGCACCUCUUCCAGGCCCCCUGCAUUCUGUUCCUGCAGGAGCUACUGGCAUGUCAGAAAGACUUCACUAGUUAUUUCUCUCAGUUAUCAGGCAGUGGGCAGGAGCUAAGAGAGGAGGUAAGGCGCUCCUACCACCAACUGGUGCUCAUGCUGGUGGUGGCAGUACAAGGUUUCAGCAGCCUCAGUGAGAAAGCGCUGCUCCCGGCCCUGUCUUGUGUGCAGACUUGCUUGUUGCACCUUCUCGAUAUGAGCUGGGAGGUGCAGGACCUUCCUUUGUUCUUGAAGAUUAAGCUUCCCGACCUCCUGCUCAGCAUGUCCCAGGAGAACAUCAGCGUUCAUGACAUCGCCAUCAGCCAGUGGACAGAGGAAGAUGAAAUAGCCGACUACAAGAAGAACCAGGACUGGAUGGAUGAGUGUGCGGAUGGGAUGUUUGAGAAGUGGUAUGACAAGAUCGAUGAGGAGGGCUCCAUGGAGGACAGAAGAAAGAUGCACAUGUUCAUAGCGCGCUACUGUGACCUGCUGAAUGUGGUGAUCUCCUGUGACGGCUGUGAGAGAAUGGCACCCUGGCACCGCUACCGAUGUCUGCAGUGUAUGGACAUGGACCUCUGCAAGACCUGCUUCCUGAGUGGUGCAAAGCCUGAGGGUCAUGAGGAUGAUCAUGAGAUGGUGAACAUGGAGUAUGCCUGUGACCACUGCCAGGGCCUCAUUGUAGGCAGCAGGAUCAACUGUAACGUGUGUGAAGACUUUGACCUGUGCUAUGGCUGUUACAAUGCAAAGAAGUAUCCCGACAGCCACCUGCCCACCCAUCGGAUCACAGUGUACCCCAUGGUGACCAUACGUAUCAGUGACCGUCACCGUCUGAUCCAGCCCUACAUCCACAACUACUCCUGGCUGUUGUUUGCUGCACUGGCUCUAUAUACAUCCGACCUGAGCAGUGAGAAGCAGCUGGAGGGUGAAGCUCUGGAUGCUGACACCCUGAGCCAGACCUCAGCCCUGCAGACUCGCUGCUCCCAGCUCAUCACCGAGUGCUUGCUCAAGGGGCAAACAGGCAAAGGUCUACGUUCCUCGGCCUUGCUGACACUGCUGUCAUCCAAUGAGUCAGCCUCUGAUAGUGAGCUGUGCCCAGUCUCCCCCGAGUCGUCUCAGGAGCUGAGCACCACCACCGACACCUCCUCACUACCUGGUAGCACUGCUGCCAUCUGCUCCCCUUCAUCUCCCAAGGACAGGAGUAAAUCAUCAGGGAAGGAGAAAAAGGCGAAAGAGGUGGGCUCUCCUCCUCCUGCUCCCCCUGAGGUGUCAUCUCCUCCGAGCGCUGGAGAGGAGGGAAAAAGGAAGCUGAUGACCCAAGACACCCUGGACUCCUCCAGCCUCAGCCAGACCCCCUCUGUGUCCAGCGAGGACACCCUCUCUCCUGUGGUCCGACCUUCAGAGUCUGGUUCUGGGACAGUCACCUCUCCAGCAUCUGACAUCGUCAAGGAUCCAGAGGAAAGACUGGCCCAGGUUCCCCUGCAGGAGCAUGUUUUUUCAGAAUGCUCUAGAGAGAGGAUCUUGGGACUCCUGGCAGCCAUGCUGCCACCAGCCAAACCGGGCAGCACCCUGUCUCUGUCCAGUCUGAGCUCCAUCCUGCCUCAGCUCUUCAGGGCAGUCAUUUCCAAUGCUGGCUGUCUCAAUGAGACCUACCACCUCACCCUAGGGCUGUUAGGGCAGCUGCUGCUCCGUAUCCCUCCCAUGGAGGCUGACACCGCUGUGACAGAGGCCCUGGCUGAUAAAUACGAGUUGCUGACCCAAGGAGAGGCAGCUGGCGCAAACAUGCAGGGCUGGAAGACCACCCAGCUGCUCUUCAGCUUAGGGGCCGUGUGCUUAGACAGUCGUAUCGGUCUGGACUGGGCAUGUUCAGUGGCAGACAUUUUACGCAGUCUGAAUGCAUGUCCCCACUGGAGCACAGUCAUUGCUGCCUUCACCGACCACUGCGUUCAUCAGCUGCCACAUACUCUUAAACGCACCAACCUGUUCACCCUACUGGUACUAGUGGGCUUCCCUGAGGUACUGUGCAUGGGCACCCAGUCAGUGUUUAUCGACAAUGCCAAUGAGCAGCACCACAUGAUCUUGCUCAAACACUUCACAGAGAAGAACCAUGCUGCAGUGGUGGACGUUAAGACACGCAAGAGGAAAACAGUGAAAGACUACCAACUGAUCCAACCCCAGGACUCCAGUGCAGCAGGCCUCCCAGGGCAGCCAGAGGGUCAAGGCUCCCCGAAGGCCCUGCUCAGCCGCUAUCUCAGCAAUUUCACCUCCAUUAUCAGCCACCUCCUGCAGACCAGCCAGGACAACAACUCCCCCGAUGCUGUGGAGGCCUCCUGGGUGCUCUCUCUGGCACUGAAAGGCCUGUACAACACACUCAAGAAGCAUGGAGUGGAGCAGGCUCAGGAGGCAAUCCAGCAGUCCGGGCUGACCCAGCUGCUGGUCAGGAAGUGUAGCAAGGGCACAGGCUUCAGCAAGCUGUGGUUGCUGCGAGACCUGGAGAUCCUCUCCAUCAUGCUGUACUCAUCGAAGAGGGAGAUCCACUCAAUGGCUGAGGACCCCGAGCGAGAUGAGAGAGAGCAGGACAAGGAGCAAGACUCAGACCACUCCAGCUGCUGCACCGAUGACCCCGACCCCAACCGGCCCGACCCCCUAGAGGGCCUGGAUGAAGAGACGAAGAUCUGCUUCCAGAUCACCCACGAUGCCUUAAACGCCCCUCUGCACAUCUUGCGAGCCAUGUAUGAGCUGCAGAUGAAGCGGACAGACUCCUUCUUCCUGGAGGUGCAGAAGAGAUUUGAUGGUGACAUGAUCAAAACAGAUGAGACUAUUCGAACACUGGCCCAGAAGUGGCAGCCUACUAGGCGGCCGCGCUCUGAGGAGAGGAGUACCAAGGCUGUGGACACUGACAUGAUCGUGGUGUCCUGCAUGUGCUCCAUCCUCCCCCAGUCCAAGCCCAGCCAUUGUGAAAAGGCCACAGAGGAGAUCAACGUAGUGGCCCAGAAGCUCAUCACCAACUCAGAGAGCGACUUGCAGCUCAGCUAUGCCAAGCAGCGUCGCACCAAAAGCUCAGCACUCCUGCACAAGGAACUGGAUGUGCGCAGCAACCGGGCAGUUCGCCAAUACCUGGUGAAGGUCAACCAGGCCAUUGCCACGCUUUACGCACGCCAUGUACUGGCCUCGCUGCUGGCCGACUGGCCUGCAGGAGCGGCACUCAGCGAGGAGGCGCUGGAGCUGAGUGGAGCAUCCCACAUGGCCUACAUCCUGGACAUGUUAAUGCAGCUGGAGGAGAGGCCACUCUGGGAGAGGAUUCUACAGAGGGUCCUGAAGGGUUGCAGCCAGAGCAUGCUGUGCAGCCUGUCUCUGACUGCCUGCCAGUUUAUGGAGGAGCCAGGUAUGGCUGUGCAGGUCAGGGAGUCAAAACACCCCUAUGACAACAACACAAACUUUGAGGACAAGGUGCACAUCCCAGGGGCUAUCUAUCUGUCGGUGAAAUUUGACUCCCGCUGCUACACAGAGGAAGGCUGUGAUGAGCUCAUCAUGUCCAGCAGCAGUGACUUCCUCCAGGACCUCCACAACUUCAGUGGCUCCCCUCAGAAGUGGUCUGACUUUGAGAUCCCUGGUGAUACCCUGCACUACAGGUUUGUGUCAGACAUGAGCAACACAGAGUGGGGCUACAAAUUCACUGUCACAGGAGGCCACAGAGGACGCUUCCAGACAGGUUUUGAGAUACUGAAGCAAAUGUUAGCAGACGAACAAGUGCUCAGUCACCUCCCAUUGGCUGACAUCUGGGAGUGGCAGGUGGGCGUGGCCUGUCGUCAGACAGGGAACCAACGUCUCAAAGCCAUUCACUUGUUGCUCCGCCUCCUGCAGUGUGAAUCCCAGACAGCCUGUGAGCUGACACUGCUGCGACCUCUGUGGCAGCUCUUCAUGUCUAUGGAGAACAGCCUGAGCCAGGAUCCCACCAGUAUCACUGUGCUGCUGCCCCUUCACAGAGCACUCACUGAACUCUUCUUCAUCGCAGAGGCCAGGGCCACUUCACAGGGCAUCCUUCAGGAGUACCUGCUAGGCAUGACCACUGACGAGCAGCUCCUCAGCCACACUGCACUGGCUCUGAAGAACAUCGCUGCCAUCAGCCUGGCUAUCAAUUACCCCAAUAAAUCUACCAAGCUGCUCAACAUGUCCCCAUGAGAGGCCCAGGGCGAGGACGAAUGAGAGCAGCCUGAAGGAGACACGUCCUGACUCAGCUGGUUCAUUUUGAACAAGAAUCGAAGGGGUGAGAAAGGAAAGCCUCCCCUACCGUCAAAUGCUUUCCUUCUAACAGGACCCCCCACACAUAUACACAUACACCUACACUGUUAACUCUCCAUUUACUCUGGACUUUUGCUGCGGAGGGGGGCUCGAAGAGCACUUUCCACACUUAUUCACAAUCCUUUUUGCCUUAGGUUCAUCCAGUAUAUCAGCAUGUGCAUUCACUGGAACAGGAACAAUUGCCGAGUGUCUUUCUUUUUUUAUUUAAAAUUAAGUUUUUACUUGAAGAUGCUGUGCUAAAGUAGAUUAAGUGUGCCAAAUUUGCCACUUUGAAGGGGAAGUAAAUUCUUGUGUUUUUAUUUAUUUUAUUUUAAUUUAUUUUAUUUUUUUUCUGUCCAGUUUUUGUUCUAAACAAACACAAGCCUCGGUUACACAAUUGAUCAUGGUGAAAGCAGGUCACCUUGCCGACUUGCUCGUCUCAGUGGACAUGUAGAGCAGCCUAAAAAUACAGUCCAGGACAGUGGAGUCUCAUUAGUCACCAUGGGGAGAGAGGACUGACCUACUACUUCCCUCAACUCCUCCCCUGCUUCCUUCCCUUCUUCCUUCUGUCCUUCCUCUUAGAACAAAAGUAGACAUUGGCAUUUUUUAGCACCACUGUUAAAGGAUCGUAUGGGUUACUUGACAAAUAAUCAGUGUUGGACUAUAAAAUUCCAGUUAUAAAACACAUAUAUCAUCAUGCAUAUCUUAUACAUGUAUUAUAGUGCAACUGUCUGUAACUUCUUGUCACAAGUUUAAUGCCCACUGCACCCCACUUCAAAACUGUUGGCAGUACACUUUGCAUAGGAUUAACAUUAUGGCUGUGGGGUAAAACAGUGAUAGAAUAAUAUUGUAAUACAUUCCUCGAUAUUAUUGUAUCAGUACGCUGAAUUAUUUUCACUCUGUGGAAUAAAUGAAAGUCCAUAAUGAUGUCAAAAGACAUUCAUGAAAAUGAAGAACAAAAAAAAAAAAAAAAACACCUCGAGUCCUUGAAAGACUGAAACUCUUAAAGGCCUUCAGUUUUAUCCAGUGCUUCAUUCAUGAUUUUUUUUUUUUAUAUAUAUACCAAUAGGUAUAGUUCUGUUUGAGAUUUUAUUGCACAAAGGGUUAUGGUUUCAGCUUUUUACAGCAAUAAAAUGAAAGAAAAAUAUAAUAGAUUCCCAUUACAACACAGAAUGAAUUCACCAUACCUCAUACAUCACACAAAAUGUGAGAUUAGUAUCGUGUCAUAAUAUCACAUAGAUUUCCACAAAUACAUGAAAUGGUGGCUCCUCUCACAUUGUCUCUGUUAGGUUGCAUAAUUGUUGGCAACUGAGGCUGAUAAACACACACACACACACACACACACACACACACACAGGUGAUUGCACAACUCACAUAAUCCCACUCAUUCACUCACUCCUUCACUAGUAACACACCUGUAAUGUGGUGAGUUGGCAAAGAUGAACACCUUCCAGCUGACAAAGAGCGCAUUACUUCAACCUCUACACUAACACAGAUAUUUGGUGUGAGACUUGCUUAAAUGUUCCUUUAAUUUUACUGAAGGUUAUGGCGCUCCAGCCCACUUUUUUAAGCUGGGUUUUGUACUGUAUGCGUUCACAUCCAGAAAGCAGCAACACAGAGCAACAACAUCACAACAUCCUGCUUCCACAGUGACAAAACUCCCUCAGACAUCAGUGUCAUUACAUAAUCUGAGAGAAUUAGGAUUUUAAGUUACAAUUUUGAUUUUUAAUUUAGUUACAUUUUUAUAUUUGUCACCCAGUAACCUGAAAAUGUCCCACAGGCAAACUCAAGAAAAUCUUUUGUUAUGGAGCCGACAGUUUGGUGGACUUUGUUUAACAUUGAGUAUUCUAUUACUUAUGUUAGACAGAGACUCCUAUUUUUGUUCUAGGAAGACAUAGUGGUGUAUGCCAAAGAAACCCAUUAUUGUGAGCCAUGAAAUGUCUCUUUUUAAGAGAACCUGGUGGGGCUUCCUUCUCUCUAUUUAUCACAUAUCAGAUUGCCCUGUGAGAAGCUGGAGCGAAGGAAAUCUUUGGAAAUCUGUGUUUGUUUGUUUGUUUUUUGUUUGUUUUUUUGUUUGCUCGUUGUUGUUUUCUUCUUCUUUUGAAGUUGUCUGGUAAGGACUGUAGGAGAGUUUUGUGUUUUUGUUUACACAAGCAUCAGCUGCGAUGGGAGAGUGGGAGAGACCGGUUGCCUCUGCGUGGCUUUGUCUCUCAGUUCAGUUCUACAACACCUCACCUAUCCACCACGUGCCUACGGUUAAAGAUGAAGCAAUCAUAAUUUAACUCCAUGUUAUUGGAAAUGUCUCGAAUUAUAUUUUAAAAGAGAUAUAUUGUUUAAUUUGAGCUUUUCUAAUUUUUUACUUUUAAUGUUUGUUUCUUUUUGUGAGGAUGCUUGAUAUUUGAGGCUGACUGAUUUGAAUGUACAUAUCUGUGAAUAUUGUUAAUUGCACAGGUGAUAAAAAAAAAGACUUUCAUAUCAACCCCUUACAAAUAUGAACUUUAAUAUAUUGGUCACUAAAGGAUAGACACUUUGAUUCUGAUUUUGUAUGCAUGGCACAUUAAAGAAAAGGUGAAAAAAGUACUGCUUGGGUUGAAAUGUGAUCCAUUUCUAAUUAAAGAAAAAGAAAGAAAAUGUGA